UUUGCAAAUUUCUCCAACAAAAUGGUAAAAAAGAAGAUAGAUAACCGCAUCCGUGUGAUGAUCGAAAAUGGUGUGAAGCUGGGCCAUCGUACGUUGUUUGUGAUAGUUGGCAACAAGGCACGCGAUCAGGUGCCCAUACUGUACGAUAUCCUGACCAAGGCAUCGGUAAAGGCACGGCCACCGGUACUGUGGUGUUACAAGAAUAAGGAUGAAGCCAUUUCCAACCAUGGUAAAAAGCGUGCGAAGAAGAUACAGGCCGGCAAGAUCGAUAUCAACGAGUCUGAUCUGUUCGACGCAUUUCGUGUAGCGACUACGAUACAUGGCAGAUACUACAAGGACACGCAUACCAUUCUUGGCAAAACGUAUGGUGUGUGUGUAUUGCAGGAUUUCGAAGCCCUCACGCCCAACCUUUUGGCACGUACGAUGGAAACUGUGGAGGGCGGCGGUUUAAUCAUUUUGCUGCUUAAAACGAUCUCAUCCUUGAAGCAACUCUACACGAUGAGCAUGGACGUUCACAAGCGUUACCGGACGGAAGCACACCAGAACGUCACGUGUCGCUUUAACGAGCGUCUGAUUCUAUCCCUAGCCGACUGCUCUCGUUGUUUGUUGGUGAACGAUGAUUUAACCGUGUUGCCCCUGUCUUCCCGCACGGCCGACGUGAAACCGAUCGAUGUUGCAUCGAUCGAACGCGAACAAAGCGAACAGUUAGCCGAGCUGAAGGAAAGUUUAGCCGAUGCACCACCAGCAGGUCCGUUGGUGAAUCUGUGCCGUACGUACGACCAGGCAAAAGCCGUCGCCCAGUUUAUCGAUGCACUAGCGGAAAAGCAACUAAAACCACCAACUUCGCUAACGGCGGGGCGUGGUCGGGGAAAAUCGGCCGCCAUGGGUUUGGCAAUUGCCGGCUCGAUAGCGUUCGGGUACGUAAAUGUGUACGUAACAUCGCCAUCGCCGGAAAAUUUAAUCACUCUGUUCGAGUUCAUCCUGAAAGGAUUCGAUGUGCUCGAGUACCAGGAGCACACGGAUUACACGAUCAUACGCUCGACAAAUCCAAACUUUAACAAAGCGAUUAUCCGUAUCAAUGUGACACGCAACAACCGGCAAACUAUUCAGUACAUUUCCCCAUCGGAUGCACAUUUGUUGAAUGCGGCCGAUUUGUUAAUUAUCGACGAAGCGGCAGCCAUCCCAUUGCCGAUGGUAAAGGCAAUGCUCGGUUCGUACCUGGUCUUUAUGGCUUCCACCAUCAAUGGAUACGAAGGUACUGGAAGAUCGCUUAGCUUGAAGUUGUUAUCGCAACUGCAAAAGGAGAACAAUGCCCCGCAGCCGAUUACGCUGGAAGAAUCGAUCCGUUACAGCCCCGGCGAUCCCGUAGAAGCGUGGCUUACCUCGCUGCUGUGUCUUGAUGCUACAAUUGUGCAAAAUUUAAAUUCCGGCUGUCCACCGCCAGACGAGUGUCAGCUGUAUUACGUGAACAGAGACGCCCUGUUUUCAUAUCACCGGGCAGCGGAAACAUUCCUUCAGCGGAUCGUUUCAAUCUGCGUCUCGUCGCACUAUAAAAACAGUCCCAACGAUUUGCAGAUGAUGAGCGAUGCACCAGCCCACCAUCUGUUCUGUCUUUUAGGUCCGAUCGUGAAGAAAAAUCAAUUGCCCGAAAUUUUGGUCGUGAUACAGGUGUGUUUGGAGGGAGAAAUUUCUUCCCAAACGGUACAGAACUCCCUUUGCCGUGGUAUGAAAGGGUCGGGCGAUUUAAUUCCCUGGAACAUAACGGAACAGUUUGGCGAUCACGAGUUUCCGAAACUGUCCGGUGCGCGAAUCGUGCGAAUUGCAACACAUCCCAACUAUCAACGUAUGGGUUAUGGAAAGCGUGCACUGAACCAGCUGAAACUUUACUACGAAGGAAGAUUUCCGAUCGAAACGGAUGGUUUCGAUGAUGAGCAAGGGAAUGAUGAUAAUGGCAUCGAAACCAUUGAUGAUGAGGAGGUGGAUUUGCUGAAGGAAGUAAUAACACCGAGGAAAAAAAUCCCAACACUGCUCAAAUCGCUCUCGGAGCGAAGGCCAGAAAUGCUCGACUAUCUUGGCACGUCGUUUGGUCUGACGAGCGAAUUGCUGCGCUUUUGGAAGAGCCAAAAGUUUGUUCCCGUGUAUCUAAGCCAAAAGGAAAAUGAACUUACGGGCGAACACUCGUGCAUCAUGCUUUGUCCGAUCAAUUCUAGCGUCGAACGUGUGGAAACGAAUGAAUGGUUGAAUCAUUACUUUUUCGACUUUCGGCGGCGUAUUCUGAAACUGCUCGGGAAGGCAUUUAGCAAGUUUCCUACCAGCAUGGCACUUUCGUUGCUGGAAAAUAGAGCAGUUAAGAUUGAGGGUAAAGCAUUAACGCAAACGACCAUCGACGAAAUAUUUCUUCCACACGACAUACAACGCUUGGAAAUGUACGUUAACAGUCAGGUGGAGUACAAACUGAUCUGGGAUUUGACAACGGAUCUUGCCUCCCUGUAUUUUCAAGACAAGAUGGCCGGAUCGCAUCUCGAAACGCUACAUAAAGCGAUCCUGAUGGGAUGUGGUUUGCAACACAAGUCAAUCGACAAUAUGAUGGAAGAGUUGAAUAUGCCCAGCAAUCAGGUAUUGGCAAAGUUUUACGAUUGCAUGAAAAAGCUUACCAACUACAUUUUGCGUACGAUGGAGCGCACGAUCGAGGGUGGCAUGGCAAAGACGAGCGAGCUAAAUAUGGGACAAAAUUUGGUACCCUUGAAGCAAAGUCUGAAUGAAGAGUUUGCGGAAGAUGUUAAAAGUCUGAAAAAACAGCAGAAGAAGGAGUUGACCAGUUUGAAAAAGCUAAACCUUGAUCAGUACGCAAUCAAGGGAACGGACGAAGAAUGGAGCAAUGUUCUAUCGACCAGCAAAUCGACGAUAGUAUCCAUAAAAAGCGAUGAAAAGCGAGGUGGAAAGGGAUUUUAUCACGCAACAAUGAUUUGA